AUGUUUGCCAAGAACUUCCCCGUGUACACCUAUUACGAUGGCAAGCUGGGGCUGGACAUGCCUUUUCUCCCCGAUGACUGUUACUAUGACGGAUAUGUGGAAAGCAACGUGGGGUCCCUCGUGUCUCUUAGUACCUGCUCGGGCCUCAAGGGUACAAUAACCAUGGAGAAAACUGUCUAUAACAUUGAGCCCAUUGACACUUCAAAUAAGUUUGAGCACGUCCUGUACCAAAUGAAAAGGGGCCCAUCGGAUUCCUGCAAGGGACCUGAAAAAGACCAUCUCCAAUUCAGUCGCCAUUUAGAAGGGAAACAAGAUGGCUUGGACACUGAUGACUCUGGGGAGGAUGCUCCGGCAAAAUCUUUGAAUUACGUCUGGUCCCACACCAAGUACGUGGAGAUGUUUGUGGUGGUGGACAACAACAGGUUCCAAAAGUGGAACAGAAACACGAGCAAGACCACCCAGAUGGUGAUGGACGUCAUCUCGCAGGUCAACACCUACACGCGCAAAGUCAACAUCAAAGUCGUGCUGAUCGGCCUGGAGAUCUGGACGCAGAGAAAUCUGAUCGAUCUCCCGAGCCAGAUGAGACCGGCCCUUCUCGUUUUCAACAGGUGGAGGAUUCAGACGCUCUUCAGGAGGGCGGUCCACGAUGUGGCCCAUCUGAUCGUGGGGCAUAAUCCCGGCAACGUGGUGGGCAACGCUUACUUCGAAGGAGCCUGUGUGUACGGGAACGCUGCGGCCGUGGAAUCCUUCUAUCACGAAGACGUGGCCCGCUUCGCUACCCUCAUGGCCCACGAGCUGGGCCACAACUUAGGGAUGGAGCACGACCACAGAGGCUGUUUGUGCGGGGAAUUCUUUUUUUGCAUCAUGCAUGAGUUGAUUGCCCAUGAGAAGCGCUUCAGCAACUGUAGCACUAGCAACCUGUACGAGUAUCUGCGGGUACACAAAGGGGCCUGCCUCCACGACAAGCCGGACCCUCGGCACGUAAUGACACUGUCUAUCUGUGGGAACCGAGUGUUAGACAGAGGGGAGGAGUGUGACUGCGGCAGCGAAGCGACCUGUGCCCGGGACCCUUGCUGCCUGCCCACCUGUAGGAUGACCCGAUAUUCUGCGUGCGCUUUUGGGCCCUGCUGUGAAGGCUGCAGGUUUCAAUUAAGCGGCAGGGUCUGCCGUCCCAGGAAGAAUGAGUGCGACCUCCCUGAGUACUGCAACGGGACCUCCAUGUGGUGCCAGCCGGACGUCUACAAACAAGAUGGCACCCCGUGCGCGGGGCAAGGGUUUUGCUAUCGGGGGCGUUGCCGGAGUCUGGAUCGACAGUGUGCCGAGGUCUUCGGUAAAGGCUCUCGGGCCGCCCGGGAGAGCUGUUACCGGCUCCUGAACACCCAGGGCGACCGGUUUGGGCACUGUGGCGGUGAAUCUCCUAGGCUGUACCAGGUCUUUUCAAAGUGUGAGGAAAAAGACAUCAAGUGUGGGAGACUCAUGUGUGAGAACGUGCAGAGGCUGCCCCGGACUCGGAAGCACCACACCUUGAUCCAGGUGCGCCACGAGGACACGUGGUGCUGGGGGGCGGACCUCUACGUGGGGGAGGAAGUCUCUGACGGAGGAGGGGUGGCCAGUGGGACCGUGUGCGGCCCGAACAAGGUCUGCCUCAACCACACGUGCUCUGAUACCAGGUUGCCUGGCCCGGAGUGCGACGCGGCUGCCAGAUGUCACAGGAGGGGGGUGUGCAACAACUUGAGACAUUGCCACUGCGAUGCUGGCUAUGCCCCCCCAACUUGCGAAGCAAGAGGUAACGGGGGGAGUGUGGACAGCGGCCCGCCUCCUACUCCUAGAACCCACAUUUCUGCUCCCUGGACUACAGUCAGCCGCGGCACAAUGCGCCCCCCCACCCCCACGAGCAGCCCGGCUCCCAUUCUCGCCCCCACCGUCAGCCCUGCCCCUGCCCCUACCACCGUCACUGCCAAAAUUUCCACCGCCACCACCGCUCCCGUCCCCACCACCAGCAUCCUUCCCCCUGCAGUCAGCCCUUCCCCAUCACAGCAGGCCAGUCCCCCAGGGAUUAUCAUCACUCCUUCAGCCCGGCUUACUUCAGGCCUUCGUGGGCUGCGAGCCCAGCACGUCCUGUGCGGGAAGCUGCUGUGUGAGCACGUGCGCAGGCUGCCCCGGAUGCGGAAGCACCACACCCUGAUCCAGGUCCCCCUGGGGGACGCGUGGUGCUGGGCGGCAGACCUCUUCGAGGGGACACCCUGUCCCCUUCCAGGCCACCCUUCCAGAGUUAUCCUGUAA